AUGUCCAAUGAGAAACCUCCAAAAACUCCAGGAAGUCAUUCUAGUGAUCAUAAUGCGCAAGCCACACCCACACCUCCCACAUCACUCGACAUCAUCAAUACCAAGAUAUCCCUUCCUUUCUCCUCAAGCACCCCUUCACCCACCAUACGAUUCCCAUCCACUACUAAUGCCUUCGGUCUUUCCCAUUCUCCCGGGUCAGGUUCCUCCUCUUCCAGCAAGGAUAUGGUGUUCAAUGGGCCUCCCUCACUUCUGGACAAAUCUCCCCUCGCGGUAGGAGUGUUGGCCGCAAAGAAGCUCAGACGUCCCAGUAUGCUAUCUCUGGCGCAGACGGCUAGCUUCACAUCGGAUGAACCAAGUUCGGAAGAUCCAGUGACCUCCCAACGACCAAGUUUCGAUGAAAGUGGAAGAGUCAACAAGCAGGCUGGUCUCAGCUCAUCAAUUGACAAUCCAUUUGCCCCUCGUCCUGUGAAACCGCCUGCAUGGUCAAAUACAUUCGCUGGACCCUCAAGCUUCCCAAUCGUUAAGAGGACUUCGUCAGCCCCACCCAUGGGUUUUGAGGGGCUUUCUACAACCACUCCUCCCAUUCCGCAAGCCUCACAUAUGGAGGCGGAAGGAAGCAGAAGUCAGAGUCCGAUGGACCUCGAAGGCUUGAAUGAUUUGGAACCCAAACCUCCCCUCCUGUGGAUGCCGAAUCAUUUGAAACACCCUCUCACCAGAAGAAAAGGCAAAGGUCGACCGGACGAUAUUGAACCUUUAUCUCGACCUUCACCUCUUCAGCCUCUACAUGCUCCGCCUCUUUCCGGUCGUCCCCUCCCAGCUUCACUUCUCGCCACCCUCGUCUCCGAAGCUUCCCCUCUCGAACAUGAAAUGCGUUCCGAAGCCAGACUACAGCGAUUACUGUCGUCCCAUCCAUCUGCACUCCCUCUGACUCCACGUGCUCCAAGAAGCUCAAGAGGUCGAUUUCCAGAGAUGGUCGGUGGAGAUGAUGACGACGACGAUGAAAUGUCCCUUCGCCGACCUUCCUGGGCUCAUCAAUCUUGGGGCCGAACCACUUCUAGUGACUCCGAUUCUGAUGAAAUGCCAGACGAUCCUCCGAACGAGCCAGUUAAUGCAGCUUUCGCGGCGGGUAUGGAUAUGGAACGGCCCAGCUCGAGUGGUUCAAGUGUUGUAAUGGGUGGACCGACUUUGGAGUCGGGUAUUAUUACUCCUGGUCCAGUGGCAGGUCAUCCCACUCCUCCUCAAGUCAGCGGGCAGUGGCCGAUGAGAGUGGUGAACAAGAGGAUGAGCUUCUCUUCUGUGAACGCAGGAAUGGUGCCAAGUCCAGGAGGAGGCAUGGGACUGCCGAAUGCUUUUGGUGGGCUGGGUAUGGGGGGCACUGGGACCCCAGGCGCCAGUCCCACAAUUGAGAGACUGGAGCUUGUAGGAUCUCCUGGAGCCAUGUCGACGGCGAGUCCGAUACACAUGCAAUAUCGUGAUUCUCCUCGCGAGUUUUCGUCAAUGAGGCCGAAUAAACGUAAAGCUCAAAACGACGAUCGUUUCGACCCGUAUAAGCGUCCACGCGGCUCGUCCCCUUCUAUCCUCGGUGCUUCGCCCGGUUUUCCAAUGUCUCCCUCUCGAACCCCAAAUUCCAUCGCUAUACCACCCUCUCCUGGUAUGGGUCCGCUAUACUCGUCCAGAGGGAAAGCCGGUCUUCCUUAUUCCCGUCCCAUGUCCAGCCGCAGUCGAGCCGCUUCACCCGCACUAAGCAUUGGUUCCACCUCAGGCGUACUCAGCACCUCUUUGGGAAGAGAAGGACUCGUUUCUGGACAAGGCAAAGCUCUUCUUCCGGCGGGAUUCACAGGACCCGGUGUGAGUGCGGCAGAACGAGCGGCCAACGCACAAGGUGCUGCACCUCAGGGCUUGGGGAGUUUAGGACUUUUGACUUUGACAUCUGGGAAUGAGAGGGAAGAUACCGUGGAGAUGAUCAUGGAGGAUGUGGAAGAAGGAAUGGAGGAAGAUUAAACCAUUACAUUGCAAGUGAACAUGUUGAUUGUAUAGCUAAAUAUGUAGGGUAAGCUUCCUUGCGCACAUGUAUCAAACAGGCCC